CAGUCCCAGUUAAAUUCACGACAUCGAAGGAACUGUUGCUAAACUGCAUCAUGAGUACUUUAAUUGAUAAUGAGACAAUAUUAUCGGAAAACGAACAAUGGAAAAGAUUAGAAGAAGAAUGGGGUAAGCCGAUAGAUCUAGAAGUCGACGCAGAAGACGAUACACCUGGAAUACAAUCAGCUUAUAGCACAUUAGAUCUGAAAGGAACUACGUUUAACUCAUCAUUUCUAUUCAAGAAAGUAAGAAGGAAAAUAGGAAGACAGUUGUCGAAGAAGUCCACGUCGUCGGCAUUGGAAUACAAUGAUUUCAUUAGUAAUUUGAAAGACGAUCCGAGCAGAGAAUCGUCCAAACAAUUCUACUUCAUCAACGGCCAACUAAUAUCAGCCGCGUCCAUUGAACACAUAUGUGAUACAAUCGAUGACAUCUUCAAAUCGAUCGAUAAACUUUCAACAGUGACGAGUACGAUGGCGAAGAAGAAAUUUCCAGAAAAAGUUCAGUGUAGUAUAUCAGCGACUGACCUAUCAUUUGACACGGACACUGAAGACACAAAAUACAGUGAAAUCGAUAAACAUAUCGAAGAAGCGUUCGAAGAAUUCAAUUCUUUAUCAGACAUAGACGCCAUAGACCAGUCUGCCUUGGACUCGGUUACGACGCUAGUUCAGAAGUUCAGUUCUGUGUUAAAAGAUCCCGUCGUACAAUGCAGUCCGAGGAGACGAAGACAGUGCUGUGAGAAGUUCAAGGAAUUGGCUGAUUUUUGGAAAAAUCGAGCCUUUGAGUGUGAUAACUGAUUAUGAGGGUAGGUUGAGUUUAAUAAAAUUAUUUAAAUCAUAAAUUAUUUUAGUAUUAGUUUUAAUUUUUCCAUUUUUUAUGUAUAUUUACGUACGAUCCGUACCUGAU